GUGGGUUGCUCACGUGCUUCGCACGGAGAAUGGAAGGUAGUUUGUCCUCCAUUCUUCGGGUAUACAGUUAGCUGAAGAAAGUUUCUUCUUCGCUGGUGUCGGUUUGAAAACACCUUGUACGUAGGAUCAUGUACACACGCCACGUGUCCCUUAAACCCAUAGAAUAAUGAAAACAGACUGUUGUUCCUUAUUGUUUCUGCGCUGUGUUUUUACGUUCUUUUUCUUCAAACAGAAUAUAAGACUUUAAAAAACAAACGUCAGCAGGGUACUUUCAUUUGGUUGGAUUACUGUUACAUGCUUCAUUACAAUUUAUAAACUAUCAAACUUUCAAUUCAAUAUGUUUCCUUCAAUCUCUUCGUUUUCUUUUUCCCUUUUGUUUCUUCUGAAGUCACGUUCGUCAGGAAAUAGGGAUAGUGGAAUCAUGUCAACUACAACUAUGGCUACUGCAGUGGGUGCAGCUGCUCUUUUGUACUACACAUUGAAUAGGAGAUUGCAGUCUCAUGAAAUAGACAAAGAUGAAGAUCACAAUGGCAAUGAUUCGCAGGAUGUUGUGCCUUUGGGUAUCGAACGUGUUUCCCAUAGAUUAAUCCAAGCCCCUGCAACAUGGUUAGAGACGAUCUCGACGUUGUCGGAGACUCUCAGGUUUACAUAUUCGGAGACGCUUGCUAAAUGGCCUAUUGGAGAUUUGGCAUUUGGUAUCAACUUUCUAAUGAAGAAGCAGGGAAAGUACCAUGUUGAAAGUGUCUUUGCUGAUAAGGACAGUUUACAACUGAAAGGAUCUGAUAUUACUGCUGAACUUAAGCAUCUCUUAACCUUGUUGACUCUGUGUUGGCAUUUUUCAAAAAAGCCCUUCCCUUUGUUCUUGAAAGAAACUGGCUACAAUGAUGAAAAUGUUCUUUUUCAGGAACCAAAAGCAGGAAUUUUGAAACCGGCUUUUACAAUAAUAGUUGAUCAUGAGAUGAGAUGUUUCCUAUUAUUAAUUCGGGGAACACACAGUAUCAAGGAUACUCUAACAGCUGUUACAGGAUCUGUGGUACCCUUUCAUCAUAGUGUAGUUCAUCAGGGAGGUGUUAGUGAUCUGGUAUUAGGUUAUGCGCAUGGUGGAAUGCUUGCAGCUGCUCGAUGGAUUGCAAAGCUAUCAACUCCAUGUCUGCUUGAGGCACUUAGUCGUUACCCUUCCUAUAAUGUUAAGAUUGUUGGGCACUCCUUGGGUGGUGGCACAGCAGCACUUCUAACUUAUAUUCUAAGAGAGCAAAAGGCACUGUCUACUACUACAUGUGUUGCAUUUGCUCCAGCUGCUUGUAUGACGUGGGAGUUGGCAGAGUCCGGCAAUGAUUUUAUCACUUCUGUUAUAAAUGAGGCAGACUUAGUGCCUACAUUCUCAGCUGCUUCCGCAGAUGACUUGCGUUCUGAGGUUAUGGCGUCAGCAUGGAUAAAUGACUUGAGGACUCAAAUUCAGCAAACAAGAAUAAUCAGCACUGUCUGUCGAUCUGCUUCAGCACUGGGUUCUCGUCUGCCAUCCAUUGCUGCUGCUAGAUCAAAGGUUGCAGGGGCUGGCGCAAUGUUGCAACCUGUUUCUAAUGGCACCCAGGUGGUUAUGAGGAGGGCCAAAAGUAUGGCUCAGGCAGCAUGGAUGCGUCCAAGUCUUAACCUGUCCUCUUGGUCUUGCAUAGGGCCUCGUCGUCGAGCGAUUUCUCAUUCAACCUCCAAUGAUGAAGCAAACUCCCCCACAUGUUCAACCUCUAACAAUGAAGAAAGUUUGGAUCAACCUCUUUAUAAUACCAAGAAAGGGGUGAAUUCCGAGAAUAUGAACAUACCUGUAUCUUCGUCUAUAGAGGAAUGGUAUUCCGAAAUAGGAUGUGCCGAUGAAAGGAGUAUGAUUGAUGAGAGACAUGCUGAUCAUCCCAGUGACAUUUUGGAAGACGGCCGAUAUGUGGACCACGUGAAUGAAGUGUUAUUGUGGCAUGAGCUGGAGCAUCAGUUGUAUGAAAGCUCCAACACUGAAGAGGGUAAUGUAGUAAAGGAGAUAAGGGAAGAAGAAACAGAAAUAACAGAGGUUUCUGGUGCGCAAACCCAGAGCUCUACUUCAGAAAUGAAGGAAGUUCACAGGUUUUUCCCUCCUGGAAAGAUAAUGCACAUAGUUACACUUCACUGCAAUGCUUCUGAUAAUGAAAACAAUAGUAGCCAAACCUCGACGAGUUCGGAUGGUCGCGAGCCAGAUGAGACAAAGAUUGGGAUAUUUCAAACUCCAAGGUCUUUAUAUAGCAAAAUUAGACUCUCACAAACCAUGAUCGCUGACCACUUCAUGCCGGUUUAUAGAAAGCAGAUCGAAAGACUGAUUCAAGAAGUGGAGGAAGAGGAGGAGGAGGAAUAAUCUAACUGCGGAUCAUAGUUCACAGUAGUGUUAUAGUUAAAGGACAUGUUAAAUUUUGAUUCAUUUGUUUUUACUGUCAUGUAUGUCAUUGGGUGUUUUUUUUUUGUCCCAUUGGCAUUUCGACUACAAAAACAGUUUUUGCGUUAUGCUGCAGAAACUGAUGGGUGGGACUGGGACCAAUUCGGAUCAAUGGAUGGCUUUGACAUUGAUUUUUGCCCGGGAAAA